AUGAUCCGGAUAGCUGCUGCUUUUCUCGCCGUGUUGGUGGUCGUCUGCUCGGGAGAGAGCUGCACGGAACCAGUCAUCACCCCGUCGACAUACACCACUUCGGACGCAGUCAUCUCCGCAGAGUCUGUGUUCAUUGUGGAGCUCAACCUGGUUUGUGCCAAUGGAGCGCAGAGUGUUACCCUGUAUGCUGACGUCAAUGGAAGACAGUUUCCUGUGACCAGAGGCCAGGAUGUUGGCAAGUACCAGGUAUCCUGGAGUCUUCCUCACAAAGAGGCCAGUUCAGGAACCUAUCAGGUCAAGUUUUUUGACGAGGAAUCCUACAGUGCGCUUCGCAAGGCCCAACGAAACAAUGAAGAUGUGAAUGCCAUCAAGCCUCUAUUCUUGGUCAACGUGGACCAUAGGGGUGUGUGGAGUGGCCCGUGGGUUUCUACUGAGGUGGUAGCAGCGCUCAUGGGAAUCCUUCUCUACUACAUGGCUUUCAGCGCCAAGAGCACCAUUCAAGCUUAA